GCCGGAUGCUGAUUGGCUGGUCGGUAGCAGUGAGGGUGAUUGUGUGAUCACGGCCCUGGCUCGGACCGGCAGCUCGUGAGGGGGGUUUCCCCAUCCCCUCUCCCGCCGCUAUGCUGGGCACCUUCACGACGCUGCUGGGGGCGCUGCUGGUGCUGAGCCGCAGCCCGGUGCUCUCCUGCCUGCUCACGUGCGGCCUCUACCUGGCGCUGCGGCUCUUCAGCCUGGAGCCCGUCUCCCUGCCGCGGGCCCAGCACAUUCUGCAGCCCCGCGGCACCGCCGCCCGCAUCGCCCACCGCGGCGGCGGGCACGACGCGCCCGAGAACACGCUGGCGGCCAUCAGACAGGCAGCUAAGAAUGGAGCCACAGGCGUGGAGCUAGACCUUGAAUUCACUGCAGAUGGCAUUCCCAUUCUAAUGCAUGAUGAUACAGUAGAAAGAACAACUGAUGGGUCUGGGAGUUUACGUGACUUUACGUUUGAAGAAAUUAGGAAGCUUAAUCCAUCUGCAAAACAUAGACUAUGGAGAGAUUUCCGUGGUGAAAAAGUACCAACUUUGAAAGAAGCCGUUAUGGAAUGUAUGCAUUAUAACCUCAUUAUCUACUUUGAUGUCAAAGGCCAUGCAAAUCAGGCAGUUGAUGCCCUAAAACUCCUCUAUCUGGAAUAUCCUCGUUUGUACAACAGUAGCAUUGUCUGCUCUUUCAUACCAGAGAUAGUCUAUAAGAUGAGGCAAUCUGAUAGGAAUGUUGUUACAGCGUUAACACACAGGCCCUGGAGCCUUAGUCAUUUUGGAGAUGGGAAGCCUCGUUUUGAUUGCUUUUGGAAGCAUUAUGGAUAUAUGAUGAUGGACAUCAUUCUGGACUGGAGCUUGCACAACUUCUUGUGGUACCUGUGUGGGGUUUCAGCUUUCCUCAUGCAGAAAAAUUACAUUUCACAAGAGUAUGUGAGGCAGUGGUCUUCACGAGGCGUUCAAGUGGUUGGCUGGACAGUGAACACAUUUACAGAAAAAAUGUACUAUGAGACCAUCCUUGAGACCAGCUACAUCACAGACAGCUUGGUAGAGGACUGUGAUCCUCACUAUUAGACUUAUGCUGUAUGGGACUCUUAAAUAUGCCAUCCUGGUUCAGGCAGAUCAGAGUUCAGCACCAGAGGGCUCCAAAAAUGCAGAUGAAGCUGCUUACAUAGGUUGGGUUUUUUGCUUGUACUGUAUGAUUGGAUCUUUAAUCACAGCAAACCCUUCUGUCACACUACUAGACAGAGGCUGAGUCACAAUCAGCAUUAGUGCUGGGGAGAAAUGUUGUGUGCCUCUAUCAGUUUUGAUCAAAUGAUUUGGUAACCAGUAGUACAGGCAGGUGGCUUAUAAGUCAUCUAAUCAAACUGUUUCUUUACUUGAUGUAACCCUUGAUUUUAAGUCGCCAGCAGCUUUUGAAGGCCUAAUUUUAAAUUGUAAAUUAAACAAUCUGCUCCUCAAAUAAGUAAUAGUGGGGUGUACCUCUACCGCAAUCUUAAGAGCAGAUGGUAGGUGUAUUCCCAUACCAUAACUUUGAAUACAAUAUGGUCAGUUAAUGUAGAAGUGAAUUAUUUUCACUCUCUAACAGGCUGAAAAGGAUGGAUAUUCUGUACUCUUACAGUAUGGAGAGACUAUAGGUGUCUCUGUUCUGGGCAAAUACUGCACUAAAACCUUGUGGGUAAACUUUUACUUCAGUCUUAAACUUGACCUUAAAAAGGGGUGAGGGAGGUUAGAAAGGUUCUUCCUCCUGAUGAUGCUAUCGCUGAAUCAUUAUUCCUAAACAGAGGCUGUGGAGCUGCUGUUAGCCAUAGGCUAAGCAGUAGCUGAAACACUUCUUUUGUUUUGUUGUUGCUGCUAAAUUGUUUACACAGAUAAAGGGAUAGAAGGGCUUUGUGACGGGGUUCCCACACCACUCAUGGCACAGCCUCCUGGCCACUAUGGGGAGUAGCUCUGCUAGGUGCUGUACCCUCCUCAGCACUCGCUCUACCCAUCUUCUCUCAGCCUGCAGCAUCUUCUGGUUUGUGGCUUGGCUCUCCGGCCAGGUCACUCAGUUCCUCCCUUUCCAGGGAAAUCACAGUCCUUCUAGACCAGCUGUCUGUCUGAUGUCUCCAGUGCUCUGUGUCACUACCCAGUGGCUGGUAGGGGAACCCAGGCCCGCCCUCUACACUGGGUUCCAGCCCAGGGACCCUAUAACAUGCAGCCAAGGCCUGUACUGUGCUAGCCCUUGUUGCUGUUUUCCUGGGCUUCUUCCUACAACCUUCCUCCUCACAGGAAUACUGCAGACUACCUCCCUGUAGCCCCUUCUACUCUCAGCUUAUAGAGGCCCCUCCUGUUCCUGCCCAGCUGGGCCUGGUUUAAUGAACCCCUGCUCCCUAGCUCCUCCUGCAGAUGAAGCCUGGGGAGUUAAUUGGCCUGCCUGGUCAUCUUCACCCCUUCCAGUCCUGUGCAGGGUGGACAUCCCAUCACAUACUCUGUUCCUCCGGCCUACAACCCACAGGGCUGUGGUGGCCUCCUGCCCUGCAUUUCCCUGAGCUGUGUCCGCAGGUCAUCCCUCUCUUGUUCAGUCUCCUCCACCAGGAGACACAAAUUAUGCUGGUCGUCCGGGGCAAUCCUAAACUUUUCCUUUUGGAACUCCAGAUCUUCUUCAGCUAUUCACAGGGCUUGCUCUGCUACUGCUAGCUUCCCCUAUAGCUCCUUCACUUGCCCCCACGGGCUCCCUCAGGCUUUGAGUUCCCACCAUAAUUUGCUCUGCUUCAGUGUUCGUUCCUAUGUGUGUGGGCCCUCUCCACCCCAGUCAUCUGUUAACCUCCUUACUACCUCCUCUUGGGUGUGUGGGAUGACCACCUGCCGGCUCCAUAGUGAUUGCCGCUGUCUCUAUUCUGACAGUCUCUGGCAUGCUUUGGUCCCUGGACACCCCCUCUUUAUUAUCUAUUUCACUGGAGUCUAUGAAAUACCCCUUUGCUAUCCCGCCCUUUCUUAAGAGGGCAGUGCCCCCUUAUAUGGCCAAGCUCACAACACCCAAAGCAAACUCUUUGAGUUGUGUUAGCAGUAGUCUUCCAAUUGGCCUUCUUUUGUCCAGCCCCUUCUCCUGGGCUAGUCUUCACCUCAUAGCUCAUAUGUGGGCAUCCCUUCUUACUCCUGGGGGGAUUCUGCGCUAAAAUAUUCAAAAUUCUGCAGCAAAAAAUUCUGCAUACUUUGUCAAAAUAAUGCAAUAAAAUCACACCAGUUUCAAUUGUUUUGGUGAUUUUAUUUCAACUACAAUACAGAAAAAUCACAAUACUGUUAUUCAGCAUUUCCUAAACACAUGAAAGUUAAGUUACAAACACUCGGUAGCUAAUACCCUGCAUUCCAGUUAUAAUCCUAGAUUUUCAUUUAAAUUACAUUGCAGAACACCAAACAGGAAAGAAAAGAAAAGUAGAAUGUCAUUUUAAAUUGCUCAGACUUUCACACAUGAAAAUCAUACAGUUUUGCUAAUCAUCGUUCUGGACCUGGCUGGGUACUUUGGGAAGGGGCUUGGUUCUGAUUGUCCUGACAUUUUAUUGACUGUUUGGUAAAUGUUUUAUUUGCUCUCAGUCAUAAAUCCUGAGCUGUAACCUAACCCCACUGUGCCACUUUGGCACAGGAAAAAAGUGAGCACAUAGAUCUUCCUCGCUGCAGAUUCCCUUACUGUCAUUUAUAAUAAGGCUCCUUUAUAUCACUCUGGCAAUGUAGGGGCCUUAAAACUUUCACAGGUUUUAUGCUCCUGGGGGAAUUGACUGAGAACGGGAACAGUUAACUAAUAAUAGUGACAUUAACAUUGUCAGGCUGCUACAUUUCUGCCUCAGAGAAUGAGAUCAAUUAACCAUCAGCAGCAACUUUAACAGUGUUACUAACUACACAGUCAGGCUGCUAGGGCCUCAGAGAAUGAAUCAAUUCACUGAGGCAGGGCUGCUACAUUUGUGCCCCUAGCCUACCUCCUGCAGAAUAAAAAGCCCUACCCUUCCAUGCCAGUGAGCUGCAGUAGCAAGGGAGAGGGACAGUCUCUCUCAGUGGCACACACAUAUGCCCAGCCUCCCUCCCUCCCACCCGCCAUGGUGAUCACGCAUGCCUAGCCUCCUCUUCCCCCGCCCCCCAAGGCUGCGCCAGGACGCUGGAACAGAUGCGCUACUGGGGAAGAGGCAUGUGUUCCCCAGCAGAUUUUUUUUUUUGUUGCAUUUUUCUGCACAGGGGGCACAGAAAAAUGCAGGCCAUAUGAAUUGUGCACCCCCACAGGGGCACAGAAUCCCCCCAGAAGUACCUUGUGUAGCCCAGCAAAACAUGCCCCUCCUUUUCCUAUCCCCACAGGUAGGACUCUUUAGGGCUUUGUUUUCCUGCCUUCUGGGUGAGGCUUCUUGUCCCUGUAGAGGUAGGGGCAUUUCCUUUUUUAGGCAUAUGUAGGCAUAAGACUGCUUUGGCUAGCCUCUGGCCUCCUUGCCCUGGCACCUCCCUUCCAAUCUCAUUCCCUGCAGCCUCUACUAAUUUCUUCCCACAGGACCUUAAAUAAAUACAGGUGCUGUUCAGCCAGCUGUGUCAAAUAGUCUUGCAGGUACCCAUGUGCCUCCCACUGCCUCUCUUGGUUCUCCAGCACUUGCCUCAGCUGGAUCUGUCCCUGCUUUUUGUCAGUCCUCUUCUGCAGGGGUACCGACUCUAGAGUCCAGUCUGGGAGGUUACAAGUGCUCUCUGCAAAAAAGGCUUCUGUGUACUGUGGCUCCAUUGUCCCCUCUUUCUGUUAUGGCUCUCCACGCGUGCUUGUAUGGGUGUGAACACCUUAUGCAUUCCUUUACAGUCCGCUCAGGUCUCUCAACCUCCCCUUGUAUCUGGGUCAAUUGUUGCAGAGUCUUUCACACAGGGCCUUGUAUCGGGGUGACUCUUUGCCUGGCCACUUGUGACUGGGUUCCUUCACCGCUCGUGGCCAUCCUGGGGAUUAGUUCUGUCAGGUGCUGUGCCAUCCUCAGUGCUCUUUCUACCUGUCGUCUCUCAGUCUGUAGCCUCUCUCGCUCUCGGAGUGGCAGCUUCUGGUUCAAGGCUUGGCUCUUCAGCCAGCUCUCUGAGUUCCUCCCAUUCUGGGGAAAUCGCAGUCCUUCUGGACCAGCUGUCCAGCUGACAUCUCCAAUGCCCUGUGGCUGGUAGGGGAACCCAAGCCCGCGCUCGACACUGGGUUCCAGCCUAGGGACUCUAUAACAUGCAGCCAGGGCGUGUAUUGUCUUAGCCCUUGCUGCUGUUUCCCUGGGCUUCUUCCUACUUAUCUGGGUUCACACUUCUGUAAAAAUCAGAGUGGUUUAGACUUGCAAUAAACAAGUCAGACAGUUCAGGGCUAGUUUAUAGUGUGGCAGGUAUGCAUCAUGUAUUAUGAGUAGCAUCCAUGAGAGUAGGUUUGAUACCUUUUCUUAAUGUUGUUCUUGUUAUGAGUACCACUAAAUGAUCAAACUGGAGUAGCUGCACCCUGGGUGGAACCUGUAGCUCGAGGAGAGAAUUCAUGAAUGGCACAGCCCUGCAAGGACGCAUGUGUGGGGAGGGGAUAGAACUAUUGUAAAAUAAGGGUGCCCAAGUAUCAAUUUUAUGCCUUACCUCCAGGACAAAAUGUCACUUCCAUGUCGUUUAAAAGUAGAGAGACUUAAAACCAGACUUAAAACCAGUUGUUUACCUGCUGUUGUUGGUGACCACUGAGAUGUAGCCGAAUGGGCUAACUUUUAACCAAUAGAUGUGUGACUAUGUACUUUCAGAUUAAAAAGGUAAUCGCAUACUUGAGCAUGCACGCUAGUCUCUUGCAUUAGAACUCCACCUUCCCCUGUCAGCACAGAUACAGCACUGCACAAGUGGCUAGUCACUUUCUUGAGACUCAGGUGGUGGGAAUUGAGUAGCAUUCCCUCUCAAAGCUAGGAUAACAGACUGAGAGGAUCAACUUUCCAAUUCACUCUCUUUUGUAUUUAAAUGAUGCCUGAUACUCAUAUGCUACAUGUCACUGUUGGGUGAAAUCACUUUCUUCAUAGGCUAUAGCAUAUCUCAUAUGAUCAAUCAGGGAUUAAAGUCUACCUCAAUAGAUUAAAGUCAGUGUUUUGUGCCCAAUAACUAAUUGUGUAUACAGUUCUAUAUAGUACCACUUGACUCAGAUGAAAGCUGCAUGUUAUAUAGGAACUAAAAGUUGAUUAAAGAAAGGAUAGGUGCUCAUGUGCGUAUUACAGCAGCAGUGACUAAUUGUGUACUGCAUCUGUGGUAGGACAAUAGAUGUAAAACAAGUCCCUGCUGAGGAACUUCCAUGAACUGACACAGGUUGCUUAUUUUCAAGAGUUACUCUUUCUCAGCCUUACCAGCCUGUCUUCAACCUAGUCCUUGGGUCAAGCCAGCCAUUGCACAGUGAAUCAAAGGCUGAACUUGUAAGACAUCUCCCGAAGAGUAGCAUGGCUGGUAACAGUAUAGACACGUAUGUGCUGAAUCCACUUUUAAUAAAAUAUUCUCUUCAAGUGACA